AUGGUUGUGGUGGUAGUCUCAGUGCCAGUGCCAGUGGUGCCAUAUGCUGUCAAGGAUGUGCUGGUUGCACUGGUGUUAGUUGCUGUCAUGCUGCUGCUUACAUAUGCUGUGGUGGCUUCAGUGGUGUCUUCAUUCGUGGUCGUGACAGCCCCUGUGGUUUGGAAUGUGGUUGCGGUUGUGAUCAUGGUCGUAGUAUUGGUGGCGCUGGUGCCAGUGCCAGUGGUGACAUAUGCUGUCAAGGAUGUGCUGGUUGCACUGGUGUUGGUUGCUGUCAUGCUGCUGCUCACAUAUGCCGUAGUGGCUUCAGUGGUGUCUUCACUUGUGGUCGUGACAGGCCCUGUGGUUUGGAAUGUGCUUGCAGUUGUGCUCAUGGUCGUAGUAUUGGUGAUGCUGGUGCCAGUGCCAGUGGUGCCAUAUGCUGUCAAGGAUGUGCUGGUUGCACUGGUGUUAGUUGCUGUCAUGCUGCUGCUCACAAAUGCUGUGGUGGCUUCAGUGGUGUCUUCAUUCGUGGUCGUGACAGCCCCUGUGGUUUGGAAUGUGGUUGGGGUUGUGCUGAUGGUUGUAGUGUUGGUGAUGCUGGUGACACUGCCAGUGGUGCCAUAUGCUGUCAAGGAUGUGCUGGUUGCACUGGUGUUGGUUGCUGUCAUGCUGCUGCUCACAUAUGCCGUGGUGGCUUCAGUGGUGCCUUCAAUUGUGGUCGUGACAGCCCCUGUGGUUUGGAAUGUGGUUGCAGUUGUGCUCAUGGUCGUAGUAUUGGUGGCGCUGGUGCCAGUGCCAGUGGUGCCAUAUGCUGUCAAAGAUGUGCUGGUUGCACUGGUGUUGGUUUCUGUCGUGUUGCUGCUCACAUAUGCCGUAGUGGCUUCAGUGGUGUCUUCAAUUGUGGUCGUGACAGCCCCUGUGGUUUGGAAUGUGGUUGCAGUUGUACUCAUGGUCGUAGUAUUGGUGACGCUGGUGCCAGUGCCAGUGGUGCCAUAUGCUGUCAACGAUGUGCUGGUUGCACUGGUGUUGGUUGCUGUCAUGCUGCUGCUCACAUAUGCUGUGGUGGAUUCAGUGGUGUCUUCAAUUGUGGUCAUGACAGCCCCUGUGGUUUGGAAUGUGGUUGCGGUUGUGCUCAUGGUCGUAGUAUUGGUGGCGCUGGUGCCCGUGCCAGUGGUGCCAUAUGCUGUCAACGAUGUGCUGGUUGCACUGGUGUUGGUUGCUAUCAUGCUGCUGCUCACAUAUGCCGUGGUGGCUUCAGUGGUGUCUUCACUUGUGGUCAUGACAGCCCCUGUGGUUUGGAAUGUGGUUGCAGUUGUGCUCAUGGUCGUAGUAUUGGUGGCGCUGGUGCCAGUGCCAGUGGUGCCAUAUGCUGUCAAGGAUGUGCUGGUUGCACUGGUGUUGGUUGCUGUCAUGCUGCUGCUCACAAAUGCUGUGGUGGCUUCAGUGGUGUCUUCAUUCGUGGUCGUGACAGCCCCUGUGGUUUGGAAUGUGGUUGGGGUUGUGCUGAUGGUUGUAGUGUUGGUGGCGCGGGUGCCAGUGCCAGUGGUGCCAUAUGCUGUCAAGGAUGUGCUGGUUGCACUGGUGUUGGUUGCUGUCAUGCUGCUGCUCACAUAUGCCGUAGUGGCUUCAGUGGUAUCUUCACUUGUGGUCAUGACAGCCCCUGUGGUUUGGAAUGUGGUUGCAGUUGUGCUCAUGGUCGUAGUAUUGGUGGCGCUGGUGCCAGUGCCAGUGGUGCCAUAUGCUGUCAAGGAUGUGCUCGUUGCACUGGUAUUGGUUGCCAUCAUGCUGCUGCUCACAUAUGCUGUGGUGGCUUCAGUGGUGUCUUCACUUGUGGUCGUGACAGCCCCUGUGGUUUGGAAUGUGGUUGCAGUUGUGCUCAUGGUCGUAGUAUUGGUGGCGCUGGUGCUAGUGCCAGUGGUUCCAUAUGCUGUCAAAGAUGUGCUGGUUGCACUGGUGUUGGAUGUGCUGGUUGCACUGGUGUUGGUUGCUGUCAUGCUGCUGCUCACAUAUGCCGUAGUGGCUUCAGUGGUGUCUUCACUUGUGGUCGUGACAACUGACAAACCCACACAACCCUCCAGCCGUGAAACUGGAACUAUGGUUGUGGUAAUGGUGCUAGUCGUGGUAUAUGUUGUCAAUGAUGUGCUGGUUGCACUUGUGUUGGUUGCUGUCAUGCUACUGCUCACAUACAAAAUACUGCUACUGGUUGUGCUUGGACCUGUGGUGGUGACUGUGCUGAUGGCCGUAGUAUUGGUGGCACUGGUGCUAGUGCCAGUGGUUCCAUAUGCUGUCAAAGAUGUGCUGGUUGCACUGGUGUUGGUUGCUGUCAUGCUGCUGCUCACAUAUCCCGUGGUGGCUUCAGUGGUGUCUUCACUUGUGGUCGUGACAGCCCCUGUGGUUUGGAAUGUGGUUGCAGUUGUGCUCAUGGUCGUGGUAUUGGUGAUGCUGGUGCCAGUGCCAGUCGUGCCAUAUGCUGUCAAGGAUGUGCUGGUUGCACUGGUGUUGGUUGCUGUCAUGCUGCUGCUCACAUAUGCCGUGGUGGCUUCAGUGGUGUCUUCACUUGUGGUCAUGACAGCCCCUGUGGUUUGGAAUGUGGUUGCAGUUGUGCUCAUGGUCGUAGUAUUGGUGGCACUGGUGCCAGUGCCAGUGGUGGCAUAUUCUGUCAAGGAUGUGCUGGUCCUACUGGUAUUAGUUGCUGUUAUGCUACUGCUCAUGUAUCCGAUGCUGGUGCUAGUCAUAUGUUCAGUGGUUUGGAAAAUGGUUCCAGAUGUGCUGAUAGUGGUAGUAUUGGUGAUGCUGCUGGCGCUGCCAGUGGUGGCAUAUGCUGUCAAGGAUGUGCUGGUUGCACUGGUGUUGGUGCCUGUCAUGCUACUGCUCAGGUACGCAGCACUGGUACUAGUGGGGCUUGGACUUGUGGUGGUGACAGUGCUGAUCGUUGUAGUAUUGGUGAUGCUGCUGGCGCUGCCAGUGGUGGCAUAUGUUGUCAAGGAUGUGCUGGUUGCACUGGUGUUGGUGCCUGUCAUGCUACUACUCACGUACGCAGUACUGCUGCUAGUGGGGCUUGGACUUGUGGUGGUGACAGUGCUCAUGGUUGUAGUAUUGGUGAUGCUGCUGGCGCUGCCAGUGGUGGCAUAUGUUGUCAAGGAUGUGCUGGUUGCACUGGUGUUGGUGCCUGUCAUGCUACUGCUCACGUACGCAGUACUGGUACUAGUGGGCUUUGGACUUGUGGUGGUGACAGUGCUGAUCGUUGUAGUAUUGGUGAUGCUGCUGGCGCUGCCAGUGGUGGCAUAUGUUGUCAAGGAUGUGCUGGUUGCACUGAUGUUGGUGCCUGUCAUGCUACUGCUCACGUACGCAGUACUGGUACUAGUGGGGCUUGGACUUGUGGUGGUGACAGUGCUGAUGGUUGUAGUAUUGGUGAUGCUGCUGGCGCUGCCAGUGGUGGCAUAUGUUGUCAGGGAUGUGCUGGUUGCACUGGUGUUGGUGCCUGUCAUGCUACUGCUCACGUACACAGUACUGGUACUAGUGGGGCUUGGACUUGUGGUGGUGACAGUGCUGAUGGUUGUAGUAUUGGUGAUGCUGCUGGCGCUGCCAGUGGUGGUAUAUGUUGUCAAGGAUGUGCUGGUUGCACUGGUGUUGGUGCCUGUCAUGCUACUGCUCACGUACGCAGUACUGCUGCUAGUGGGGCUUGGGCUUGUGGUGGUGACAGUGCUGCUGGUUGUAGUAUUGGUCAUGCUGCUAGCGCUGCCAGUGGUGGCAUAUGUUGUCAAGGAUGUGCUGGUUGCACUGGUGUUGGUGCCUGUCAUGCUACUGCUCAGGUACGCAGUACUGGUACUGGUUGUGCUUGAACUUGUGGUGGUGACUGUGCUGAUGGUUGUAGUAUUGGUGAUGCUCGUGGUGGUGCCAGUGGUGGUAUAUGUUGUCAAUGAUGUGCUGGUUGCACUGGUGUUGGUGCCUGUCAUGCUACUGCUCAAGUACGCAGUACUGCUGCUAGUGGGGCUUGGACUUGUGCUGGUGACAGUGCUGAUCGUUGUAGUAUUGGUGAUGCUCGUGGUGGUGCCAGUGGUGGUAUAUGUUGUCGACGAAGUGCUGGUUGCACUGGUGUUGGUGCCUGUCAUGCUACUGCUCACGUACGCAGUACUGGUACUGGUUGUGCUUUCUGUGCUGAUGGUCGUAGUAUUGGUGAAACUGGUGCCAGUGCCAGUGGUGCCAUAUUCUGUCAAGGAUGUGCUGGUUGCACUGGUGUUGGUUGCUGUCAUGCUGCUGCUCACAUAUGCCGUAGUGGCUUCAGUGGUGUCUUCACUUGUGGUCGUGACAGCCCCUGUGGUUUGGAAUGUGGUUGCAGUUGUACUCAUGGUCGUAGUAUUGGUAACGCUGGUGGUUGUGAAGGAUGUGCUGGUUGCACUGACUGUCAUCACAACUGAUGUGCUGGUUGCACUGGUGUUGGUGCCUGUCAUGCUACUGCUCACGUACGCAGUACUGGUACUAGUGGGCUUUGGACUUGUGGCGGUGACAGUGCUGAUGGUCGUAGUAUUGGUGAUGCUGGUGUGGGUGCCCGUGGUGGUAUAUGUUGUCAAUGAUGUGCUGGUUGCGCUGGUGUUGGUGCCUGUCAUGCUGCUGCUCACGUACUCAGUACUGGUACUGGUUGUGCUUGAACUUGUGGUGGUGACUGUGCUGAUAGCCGUAGUAUUGGUGAUGCUGGUGGCACUGCCAGUGGUGGUAUAG